AUGAGAUACAUUUCAUCCCUUAGAAGUCCAAAGAAAGAAGAACAUGAAGUGCCAGAAGCUAUCACUCCAAUACUACCACCAAGCUUCAACAAAUCUUACACCAAUGAAGAUUUCUAUCUUUUCGACGAACUCGAAGAGUACUUGAACAUCGAAGAACAACAACAACAAAAGUUAUCACCACAAAACACUUGUAAUAGUAGCAAUGAGCUUCAUUGGGAUUUCAUGGAAUGGAAUGAGUUUCCAUUUGAUGAAGGGAAAGAUGAUAACAUAAGCAAAUGCAAUUUUGAGGUGAAGAGAGAAAAUUACAAUGAUGGAUUUUGGGAAGUGGAUGAUGAAAAUAGUGUUGCUUUGAAAUUGAAUUUGAAUUUGAAUUAUCAAGAUGUUUUGGAUGCAUGGUCUGACCGUGGCUCUCCUUGGGCUGAUGAUUGUUCUCUUUCAUUGUCUUCCUCUAAUAAUUGCUCCUAUAUGGGAGAAGUGCCAAUAUUGGAAGAAGAGAGAACAAGAAGAGAAGCAAGUGUUCUUAGGUACAAAGAGAAACGUCAGAACAGAUUGUUCUCUAAGAAGAUAAGAUACCAAGUUCGGAAAUUAAACGCUGAUAAAAGACCAAGAAUCAAGGGUCGCUUUGUGAAGAGACACUGA